AUGAGAACACAAAUGUUUAAUUUGCGGCUACUGCGAUUAUGCUCCAUCCUUGAAUUGUGGAAUAGAAUAGCAAUUAUGAACAAAUUUCAAUAUGUGACAUCCAGUGUGCCUGGCCCUAACACCGACCCAGAAGAGUGGCAGCUUCUAGCCGGUUGUGAAUGUACAGGUGUGUGCUCAGCCGAGCAGAAAUGUGCAUGUUUACUUGGCGCAGAGGACAAUUAUUCCACUGAUGGUUUGUUACUGGAUAAGCCUAGUGGAGCUCCUAUUCUCGAAUGCCAUAGCGAAUGUUCAUGCUCAAUGUUGGAAACUCCUUGCAGAAAUCGAGUAGUACAACUUGGUGUAAAAGUAGCAAUGAAGGUGUAUGAAUGCGCUGACGGUAAAGGCUUCGGAGUGCGAGCAGUUGAAGAAAUACAACCUCAUACGUUUAUUUGCGAGUACGCUGGUGAAGUUUUGGAUAAGGAUGAAGUAGAGAAGCGUGCAGUUUCCAGACAUGACCAUAAUUAUACAAUGACCGUGCGUGAACAUGGACAGAGUGGUAUUACGACUACUUUCAUUGAUCCAAGACAUCGCGGCAAUUUGGCGCGGUUUAUCAACCAUGGAUGUGAUCCUAAUCUGUCUAUAGUCAUUAUACGAAUAGGCUAUACGGUACCUCAUGUUGCGUUGUUUUCAAAUAGGACUAUAAAUGUAGGAGAAGAAUUGUGUUAUGACUACGGUGCUUCAGCGUUAAAUGAUGGCAAAGGAAAGAAAUGCCUUUGUGGAUCUGCCAUAUGUAGAGGAUAUUUGCCUAUGUCUGCUACUGCUUCGGAAUAGUCAUGUAUACUUAAUUAAUGUUUUACUUUUGAAUUUUCAAUCGAUAAACCUUUUUUGGC